AUGGCUCCUCUUAUAAACUAUAUAUUUUUGGUUCCGUACGGCUCACCAGCUAAUGCGAAAUUGAUAUCUCAUAGUCAUAGGCCGAUGAACGGUAAGGAAGACAAGAAAAAAAAAUUUUUUUUGUUCGAGCAAAUCUUGAGCGUUCAUUGCCUCAACUCAAAGGCCCUUUGCUCGACAUACGGUAUUUCUUUUCGUGGCAGUGUCGUAAUUAAUACCAUUAAGGACUCCUACAUAGGGCGUUAUUGCUGUCUCCCACCCUCAGUUGCAGAGUUGGUGCUGCCGCCGGAGGGACGGGAACAGGAGAAGGAUAAGGGAGAUCGGGGAACAAAAUGCAGGAGAGUCUGCUUUGCCGUCCGCCAUGAAAGAAGCUCCAGGAAGAAGAACAUGGACGGCGAUACGUUUUCCGGGACGCCUCCGACGGUGCUUCCGUUUGCACUCUCGAUCAGCUCUCUCCUCUUCCGUCCGUCAGUGCCCGACCUGAAUGUUGAACUCCAGCCGCCGGAUUCGCUCUUUCCGCUGCCGAAGCCUAAGGAAGAGCCCCGAGAGUUGGGAGAACUGCAGAUUCCCUUCCCUCUUCUGACGCCUAAGGAGGAGCCUCCCGAUGGCCAUGAGAACUUCAACGCGGAUCAUCUUCAGAUUGUUUCCGUUGCCCCGGCCGAGGGCGAUCACCUCGACUCGGCGUAUGCUGAGAGUAUCGAUCGCGACUCUGACACGACCGUCCUCCAUUCCGACCUCCGAUCGGCCGUCGUCCCCGCGGAGGACGCGCCUUGCGACGAAGGCGUUGUUCCUUUCUCUGCGGAGGUUUGUAAUGAGUUACUUAUCUGCCGGGACGCUAUUCGGAAGUCUAGGAUUCUUUACGAGUCGCUCCGCCUCUUUCUCGUCCGACAAGAGCGAGGUCGAAACUCGGAAGAUGAGUACUUUGGGCCACGGUCUCGCCCCGACCUUAAGGCGGGUUCCGUCAUGUGCAGCGUCGGGCUGAGCCUCAACCGGGACCGCCGGUUCGUCGGCUCGGUGCCGGGGAUCGAGAUCGGCGAUCUUUUCUUUUUCCGGAUGGAGAUGGUCGUCAUAGGGUUACAUUGCCAGCUCCAGGCGGGAAUUGACUAUAUUCCGGCGAGCCGGAGCCUCACGGGUGAACCGAUUGCCACGAGCGUGGUGGCCUCUGGUGGGUACGAGGACGACGAGGAUGGAGGGGACGUGCUCAUCUACACCGGCCACGGUGGGCGCAUUCACUUUUCGACGAAGCACAUCGUCCAUCAGAAGCUCGAAAGGGGCAAUCUGGCGCUCGAGCGGAGCAUGAGGUACGGGAUUGAAGUCAGAGUUAUUCGCGGAUUCAAGUGCGGCGGCAGCCCUUCAGGUAAGGUGUAUAUCUAUGAUGGACUCUAUCGAAUCUGUGACACAUGGUUGGACAUCGGAAAGUCGGGUUUUAGUGUGUACAAGUAUAGACUUGUCAGGAGCCCGCAACAGCCUGAAAUGGGUAGUUCAUUGUUCAAAUUAGCAGGGAACAUGAAGUUGAAUCCAAACUGUCGAAGUGGACUAGUGCAUUUUGAUCUCUCUAAUGGGAAAGAGAAAAUUCCCGUGUAUCUUUUCAAUGACUUGGAUUCUGAUCGAGGGCCCAUGUCGUACAGUUACACGGCCAGUCCUAUUUAUCCUGCGUAUGGCUUGUGGAUGGGGAAUUCAGGUGGUUGUGAUUGUGUAUCUGGGUGUUCACUCGGGUGCUUUUGUAUGAGACGAAAUGGGGGAGACUUUCCCUAUGACCGAGAAGGGGUUCUUGUGAGAGGUAGACCAUUGAUAUAUGAAUGUGGAAGUUUGUGUCGUUGUCCACCAACCUGCCGCAACAGAGUGACUCAGACUGGGGUGAAGCACCAGUUGGAGGUCUUCAGAACAAGGGAAUCUGGUUGGGGGGUUCGGUCUCUAGACUUGAUUAAGGCUGGAAAAUUUAUAUGUGAAUUUGCAGGGGUUGUACUAACUAGGCAGCAGGCUGUUCUGGUAUCCAUGAAUGGGGAUAAUCUGAUUUAUGCAGCGCAGUUUCCCCACCGAUGGAUGGAGUGGGGUAAUGUUUCUAAUAUCAUUCCGCAUUCUGGGCAGUUGGAUGCUCCAUGUCUGUCACCACUGGAAUAUGGCAUUGAUGUUUCGAGGGUUAGAAGUGUGGGGUGCUAUCUCAACCAUAGUUUUGUUCCAAAUGUGCUGGUUCAAUUUGUUUUGUAUGACCAUGAAAAUAUUUCUUAUCCUCACCUCAUGCUUUUUGCCAUGGAGAACAUUCCACCCAUGAGAGAACUUACUAUUGAUUAUGGUUUGGCUAACGGGUGGAUCAGGAAUUUUAUUACAUAGUGCAGGAACAUGGUCUAUUCACGGUGGCGUACUUUUUGAUAGCAGUUAAUUGUUGGUUCUUCCAUGGAAAUGGUGGUUCAACCCGUUCUUGGUUUUGCGUCCUAUUGCGUGUGAAGUCUGGUUGCUGCUUUUUCUGGUUCCUACUGAAAGCGGCAAGACCAUGGAUUCAUGGAUUCUACUCAGUUGAAGGCUCCGGUCAAACCUAGUGCCUGAUAUUCAAGGAUCACGAGAAUCCUCUCCUGGUGCUUGUCGAGGGGGAAGGCUGAAUGGGGUUUCUGGUAUCUGUAUGUGAAAAUGGAAAUUCUGUAUUGUUGUCUGUACCACGGACUAGUCCAUGUUGUACUUGCUCUAAGUUCCACUGCUGACAGGUAAUCAAUAGUUCCCUGCAAGGAACACGUAGCCUAUCAGUUCUCUGACAAUUGCUGUGAAAUGACGCCAAUGUGAUACAGGAAUUCGGGAUACUUGUCAAUAAGAUGUAAAUAUAUUUUGUCUGAAGCA